GUUUUUUCUUGGUUAAAUUUGAUUGUUCAAGGGAGAGGUGAACUUUCGUAAAUGAUGACCUAUAUCUCCAAAAAAAAUUGUUUGAUAAAUAAACUACUGAUUGCUUAGUGAAAAGGGAAAUAUGUAAUAAGUGCAAGUGGAAUUAGUGUACCACAGAGCCAAUACAGAUUGGCCAUGGGGUCUGUUGGAAGUCCACAAACAUGGGUUCCAUCUUAUAACAUUAAAGACUGUUCUCAAGGUUUUUGUAGUUCAUAUUGCCCACAGUGGUGCUACAUCAUGUUUCCUCCUCCCCCUCCCUAUGAAUUCCCAGAUGAAGGCUCAAACCCAAACUUUUCUCCUCUAGUUAUUGCAAUCAUUGGCAUUUUGGCAAGUGCUUUCCUUCUUGCAAGCUACUACAUCCUCAUCUCUAAGUACUGUGGUAGGAACACAGAAUCACUAAGAAGAACAGGAAACCAUGAUCCAAAUGAUGAGUUCGAUGAGAACCGUGAUUCGAUGAAUAAUGAACCAUGGCAAGCCUCUACAGGGGGAUUAGAUGAGACAUUGAUCAAGUCCAUCACAGUGUGCAAAUAUAAUAAGGGAGAUGGGUUUGUUGAAGAAACAGAUUGCUCUGUUUGUCUGAAUGAAUUUCAAGAAGAUGAAAGAGUAAGAUUGUUACCCAAGUGUAGCCAUGCCUUUCACCUAACUUGCAUUGAUACAUGGCUAAGAGCUCACUCUAAUUGCCCCCUGUGUCGUGCAAAUAUCGUGAUACCGAAUCCAUUUCCACUUCAAUUACUGUCUCCAGUCCAUGAAAGUCCUCCAGAAGAUGUGCCUUUGCCAGAAAGGCGGCAAGAGAACGAUGCAGUAGUUGCUGAAGAAGAUUCAGAAAGGGGUGAUGUAGAAGAGAAUAGCCAGGGGAGAGAUGCUGUUCCAAAGACCCCCUCACGGGCUACGAGCGAUUUGGGGCAAUUGGAGCAGAGAGACACUAUAAUUGAGAUUAGAGCCGAAAGCACUCAACAUAUUAGACGAUCGGUUUCAAUGGAUUACUCAUGCCAAAGUCAGAUUUCUAUUGCUGAUAUACUUGGAAUAAAUCAGGAUGAUGACUCUGAACUGGAGGAUAACCAGCUUCAAAUGGAAGUCGGAUCAUUAAAACCACGCGGUGAACAUAGCAAGUCUAACAAUAAAAGCAGGUCCUUGCAUUGUGUUAUGAGUCCCAUUGCCAUGAAGAGAUCAUUUUCAAGUGGGAGAUUGUUUUUCACAAAGCAUGGAAGAGGGAGGAAUACAUUGAUUCCCAUGUGAAAUAUUUCCAAGUGUAUGAAAGAGGACAAUAUAGUGAAAUAGAAGAGUUGUUUUAAUUGCUAAACUCAUAAGAAAAAGAACAACAGGAAAGUUCUUGGUAGUUGAAACAUUAGAAUGAUAGAAGUCCUUGGUGUGAAUAUCUUACAUCAACAUAGUUUGUGUUCUUAAAUGCUUAAUUAGAGUGUUGGAAUUCUCUUUUAUAAGCAAUGAGUAGAGAUCCCUUUAAGUCUGCUCAAAUAUGGAGAUCCCUGGUUGUAAUUUUGUGAAGUUGCUGACCCAAACGGAGUUUGGCUGCAGUGGCUUCAUUCCAUGUUACAAUGAUAUUUUUUCUUCUUUUCUCUUCACUCCUUUUCCACUCCCUACUUAUCUACCACUUAAUGUAAUAGUUUCUUGUUAAUUAGAAAUUUGGGGAAGCCAUUGCAUCUGAUAAAAUGGUGAUGGAACUGGUCUCA